AUGGCGCCGUCAGCAACGACCACAGCCCGCGAGAUGCCGCCAAAGAACGGCCCCGGCCACGGCUCUGUCCUCAACGCGGCCAUCGACGACAGCUCCCCGUCCCAAUCCUCACGCCUCCACCACAUCCCCUGGCCCGCGACCAAGGCGGCCCAGCGCCAGUGGCAGCUCGAGCAGAUGGCCGGCGCGUUCCGCAUCUUUGCCAAGCUGGGCUUCGCCGACGGCGGCAGCGGGCACAUCAGCCUGCGCGACCCGGUCCGGCCAGACACGUUCUGGAUCAACCCGUACGGGGUCCAUUUCGCGCUGCUGCGCGUGUCCGACAUGGUCCACGUCGACGAGGACGGGCGGCGCAUCGGCGGCAACGACGCCCUCGUCAACACGGCCGGCUUCAUCAUCCACGCGGCCAUCCACAAGCAGCGGCCCGACAUCAACGCCGCGUGCCACAUGCACUCGCCCUACGGCCGGGCGUGGAGCACCUUUGGCAAGCCCAUCGACAUGCUCAACCAGGACAGCUGCAUGUUCUACGAGGACCUGGCCGUGUACGCCAAUUUCGGGGGCGUCGUGCUGGCCAAGGAGGAAGGAGGGCGGCUCGCGGCGGCGCUGGGCCCAAGCAGCAAGAACAUGAUCCUCCAGAACCACGGCCUGCUGACGUGCGGCGGCACCGUCGCCGAGGCCGCGGCCUUCUUCAUCGCGCUCGAGCGGUGCUGCCAGACGCAGCUCCUCGUCGAGGCGGCCGUGGCCAACGGGAACCUGGAAAAGACGUUUGUGGACGCCGAGGAGGCGAGGUACACCAAGGACGGGACGGGCACGCCUGAGGUCAUGUACAUGCAGUUCAAGCCCGAGUAUGAUUUGAUUGUCAAAGAGACCGGGGGUGAUUUCAAGGAGUAA